CAAGGAAGAGGAAGAAGAAUAAUUCACUUUGCCCGGGCUGUGUGAUCUCCAACACUUGGUUAAGGUAAGCAGGUGGUAACACUAGCAAACUAUCUUUCAGCAGCUACAGUUAGGAUUCUCAGUGUAGGGUCUGUGACACUAUUCAGUGCAAUGAGUAGCAUCAGACAUAGUGCAUGUAUCUCUGUGAAUAUGUGUUUCAGGAGUAAUUGUGCUCUGCUUCACAAGCUGCUGUAAAAUGUCAAAUUAUACUCCAAAGCAAUGCUGCUUUGACACUGCACAGAAGGGAGAGGCCCUAUUAAACUAGCAUUUGGACACACAUAAAUGUUGCUAAUGCAGGAAAUAUCCCUUUAAAAUCAAUGGGACAUUCUGGCAGUUUGUAAACUAAAAGUAUUUGCAUAAGAAGAGCAAAUGUUCCUUUGCAGUAUUUGUAAAAUGCUUUGAGGGUGGUUUAAAAAACCCCACACACAAUCAGGCAGUGUAUAAAUUUUAUGAAAUUAAUAAAAUAAAUACAUAACCAUGUACCAGUAAUCUAACAUGUACUCUGCCUAAUGCCUUAAAUUAUUUUUAGUAGAAGUUGCUUAUCUGUAGCCCAUAUUUCCACAGUGCUUGGAAAUAAUGAAUAAAAGCUUGUCUUGACAACCAGCACGAACCUCUCUUUUCACUGUCAGCAUUAUUAUUAUCAUUAUUAAUUAAAUUUGUAUACCAGCCUUCAUCCAAAGCUCACAGGGCAGCUCACAACAUAAGAAAUGAAAAAUGAGAGCACAAAAUAUGCAAUAAAGCAAACCAAUAACUCCCCUCCCACAAACACAUUUAAAAGGCCAUAGGAUGUUAAUCAGCCAAAGGCCUGGCUAUAGAAAAACAUUUUCACCUGGUGCCUAAAGAUGUGUAAUGGAGGUUCCAGACGAGCCCCAUUCUCAUGUUGCCACCCUCCAGAUCUCUCAUGGAGGAAGCACACAAAGAAGGGUCUCAGAGGAUGAUCAUUUUUGCAUCCUCCACCCUUUAAGAAAGGAUAGAUGACUUGCCUUGUAGCAUUUUUCACAGUGCAUUUGCUAGCUGUAGUGCUUUCUGAUGAAAUGUGCAAAAAUCCAUGUAAAUGUGAAUAAACAAAAAUAGGAGAUGUUAACUCUGAUUUGUGUGAAAUAAUAGGGUGCUUGGCCAUUAUAGGUUUUAUGCUUACCUUACAGAGUGAUUUAGACUAAUCAAACAAUGAAAGCUUCGUGUGGGAAAACAAACUCCUGCCUCCACUGAAUCACCUCUUGCGGUAGUUGGCGGGGUGCAAGCAGGAUUUCCUCCUCCCACACAAUUCCUUCCCUAGUUUUUCCCCUCAGAAGUUGAGGACUGUCACGCAGAGCUGCCUUGGAGAGCAGUAAUUGACUCUCAUGGCUAUGUUUUUUGCUUGAAAGAUAGUAGCAACAUGUCGCUUGACUUGAUAAGAGACUUCAGGGACACGAGAGAACGUAGCUGCAGACUUUGAAACAACAGCCUCUUCAGUCUUCGCUGCAGGUCCUUGUUUUUUGAAAACACUGUAGAGUCUGCUGAGGUGUCCUUGAACUUGUUGAAACAUAACCUCAAUUAUGCUAAAAAGUUUGCCUGGUUAACAAAGGAGAGGAAAGAGCCAGUUUUUUUCUUUAGCAGAAAGUGUCUGCAUUAGUUUUUGUUUCUGAAAUGCAAAUACCCUUAGUGCAAGGUGGGGGGCCUAGUGAUUAUCUCAGCCAGGUGGGGAAGGGGACAAUCUCCUGCUGAAGUCCUGAAGAAGAUCCCUCCUCGGAAGCUGUUAUUUGCAGUGGUGCCAAGCGCAGCAACCUCCUUUUCCAAGUGAGUCAUAGUUGUGCUUGCAGCAACUUUCCACGCUGCAGCGAUAAACUAGCAGGAAAUGGGAAACAAUUCCCUCGUUGCUGGAACCAGUGCUUCUCCCUCGAUAGAGGAACUCCACUAUCUCAGCUGAAUUUGCAACAAAACUUCCGUUUGGGGCAGCCACCGGUGCCUGUGCGUGUUGACUCUCACAAGUAAAUCCCAAUGCGUUCAGUGGGGCUUGCUCUUCCCGGGUAAGUGUGCAGAGGGUUGUGUCUUUCUUUCAUUUUUGUUAAUAUCCCCCCUUGCCUUCUUCCUCUCUCUUAUUUGCUUGUUCAUUGCUCACAAACUGGUCUUCAUUCACUUCCUGCCAUCCGGUUAGCAUAUCUUUAAAACACAUUCCGAGUACAUUUCCUCCCCUCAAAUAAUUUUGGGCACAAUAGUUUGUUCAGAGUGGCUGGGAAUUGUUUGUGAUGGAUAAACUACAAUGCCCAGAAUUCUUUGAGUAGGAAACGUGCUUCAAACGUGCAUUAAAGGUGUAGUGUGUUUGCAGCUGUAAUUUGUGUUUUUAAUUCCUUCCACACACCCGUCCCCCCUUCAGUUACAGCCAGAUCCUAGGCACCUUUUAUUCAGAAGAAUAUAUUGCUGAGUUUCAUAGGACUCGUUCCUAAGCAAUGUGCCUAGGAUUGUGAAGUCAUUAGAUGAAAGUCCCAAAACAUGUACAGAGUGUGUUUCCUUCAGUCCUGCAUAAUUUAAUUUCAGAUCCAACAAUGUUCUUGACUAUUGACCCAGGGAAACUUAUGCACUUGAUUUGUAACCAGUUAGCGUACAUAAGUCUUCCUGGUUCAUUUAUGUUCAUUUAUAACAUUUUAUACUUUAGCAUCCUUAGCAUCAGAGCAACAAACACGGGUCCCAUUUUAAAAUGUGAAGCUCUGCACAUUCUCUCUUUUUCAUUCUUCAGAGUUGUCUUCUUUGUUUCUUUUGCUCUAACAACAUAUCAGUAGUUGCAAAGUAUAGAGUUAAAGGGGUGGGUAAGAUAAAUGCCCCUCUUCCUGGCAUUGUGUGUUUUGUUUCUUUCUGGUGUCCCAGCUCAACAUUUCACUUUGUGCGAUGAGGCUGUGAUUUAAUUGUUGUAACCUGACACAAACUUUUACUGUGGAAUAAUCCCUACUGAGCAUAGUGGGAUUUAUUUUGCACAGGAUUCACACCAUGUGAAUUGUGUCCAAUUAAGUUAUACUCAAGAGCAGACCUACUGAAAUCACUGUUAGCCAUGACCAUUAUUUUUAAUGCAUCUGAGUAGGACUAACAUUGCAUAGAACCCUGUGUAGGUGGCACAGUGCAUUGUGUACCUUUGGAGGUGAUGGGUGCAUUUUGUGUUUCUCAUUUGCAGUAACUUUACCACCGAAACUCUUCUCUCAAUAUCAUUAGGUCCAGAGUCCAAAAUGAUCUAGUGGCACCAGUGUGUAUUUGCCUUGCAGGGAUUUUUGUUAGCUUUCGAUCUUCUUGAUAACAGCACAUAUAUUACUCAGAGCAUUUUAAAGGAACAUUUCUAGAUAACCUUUCUGCAUCACUAUUUUAAUAUUUAGAAGUCUUUCCUGAAAUGAGAACAUUUCACAUUACUAAGGCUUUCUGUUAAAAUCCAGGCUUGUGCAAACAUACCCAAAGCAUUCGAUUUUCAUGUUCUUCCAGUUUAGUUUGAUUUCUCCUUUGACAGUACAGGCUGUAGCCUGUAAGCAAACCAACCUCUCCUCCUUGCUAAUUUCACUGUUGCCACCAGGUGAAAAUAUCUCCCCACCCACCCAAUUUCCCCUAACGUCCCCCCCCCAUUACCAGCUAUUUAACCACCUGGACUUCAGCUGACCCAUCCUACUCUCAAUACUGGGUAGUGUGUGAUGGCAGUUGUGUGUGGAGUGAAUAACAAGACCUCACACCAAACUUUCCCAAAACACAUUGUGUAUUUACUUACAGGUUUAGCAAGGCAACACAUUUUUGAGAAAAUGGUCUACAUUUUUAGCAGUUUUCCCAUAAGAGUAGUUGAUUUAUCUAUUUUGUUUUUUUUAAUCUUUAAAUACUUUAUUGAAACAAUACUUUAAAAACAAACAAACAAACAAAAAACAAACCAGUCUGCUUCUCUGACCAAACCAAUACUUAAAAUUUGCAUCCUCAGUUCAGCUUCUGCAUCCCUUUGUAGUUUUCUCUGGGCUCCUUUGCUGUGGUUCCUAACUGUGGUUUCCUAACACUUCCCAUUGUUUCAGGUCUCUGAAAUGGUUUAAUCACUUUUUUCCUCUUGCAGCUUUUUACAUUUCUGACUCCACAGCCUUUUGUUGAACUCCCAUAUUCUUUAGCUGGACCUGCAGACCAUAUUUUCACUCCCCCUUCCACCCUUUUAACUAGGCACAAGGGGAGAGUCUUGGUUAAGAACAAGGAUUAACCUUUGACCUUCCUUUAAGGAAAAACAUUUGACCCUCCUUUGAACGACUUCCAGCACAAAACAGACCCUUGUGCUUUCUGCUAAUAUUUGACCGACUUACACGUGGCAGUUUCUAAAGCAAAAAAACAAGUUUUUGAUGAGUCUAGUUUUGAAACCAAAACCCCCCAACACAAAAUGACAUGCUCUUUACAAGUCUUUUGCUUUAUUGCUUUGGAAUAGGUUAUUUUGAGUCAUCUCGGUUUUUAGUGUGGAUACGCCAGUGUAUAUGCUUACUGGAGUGCUAGAGGAGAGGAAUCUCCAUCUAAAAAUAACUAGGACCGUAUAAUAUCAUAAAAAUCUACAAACCCUGCAGUAAGAGGGAAAGGAAAACACAAGUAUUGAUGGGAAUGGGUGAACAAGCUGUCUUUUUACUGGCUGGGAUAUGGGACAAUACAGAAUGUAUGAAGCAAAUUAUGGAAAUGUCAGGAUGUGUUUAAUGAGAUGCUAACUUUAUUACUAACACAAAUCUUGGAUAUGACCAGAAAUAGAUACUGGAUGGGUUGCACACAGUGCUUUACAGUUGGGUACAAAUCACACUCGAAGUGGCUCACCCAGAGCCACAAUUCUAGUUUCCCGGCCAUGGUCUUGCUGCUGCUUACCAGAACAUAGAUGGGGAGGCAGGAGGGAGGUUGGGGCUGUGCAGAUGCACCAGUGAUUUUGGGAGUUGAGGGAUAGCUCAGUCAGUAGAGCAUAAGACUCUUAAUCUCAGGGUCAUAGGUUUGAGCCCCAUGUUGGCUGAAAUAUUCCUGCAUUGCAAGUGGUUGGGCUAGAUUACCCUUGUGGUCCCUUCCAACUCUACAACCAUGUGAUUCUGAAGCCUGUAGAGUCCUGUAGAGCACCUUUGACCUGUUCACCAACUCAGCCCUUUCAGUAAAUGGCAGCAAUGCUACUGCUGGGAAGGUAGUGUUGCAGUUCUGCCCCAUCUGGUAAACUGCUAAUGAAUUGCAUGCAGCAUAACUGGAGGAAAGCUUGGGACCAACAGCAUGGACAUUUAGGAAAAUAUUACACCAUUAAACUUAUUAAUGUACAGAACGAUGUCUGAAAAUAAUAACUUUAUCUUGCCACAAGCAUUUCCCUCUGCCAUUUGUAGUCCAUACUAACGUCAUAUCACACUUUUUCCUGUGUGUUUCAGCAUUCGUUUGAUGUGAGGCUUUAACUGGUUCACAUCCACAGAACACUGGCUGGCUGAAUAAAUGGAGAAGGAGUCGGACCUUGAUUUUUCUGAGUUUUUAGCUGCUGGGCUGCACAUCUGUGUGGAGCAGUAUCUACUCAAGAAGCAACCUGCCCAUCAUAUGUGAACAGGAAACUCGCAGAGCAAAAAGUCUGACAUAGGCAAUAAAAUUAAACCACACUGCAUGAUGCUUUUGCCUCAUAGAAGGUUUUUUAACUAUGAGAUCCAGCUGACUGAGUGAAGGAUGCAGUUCAGGAAAAAGCUGUGGUGCAUCCUGGCCCUCUGCCUUGCAUUUUUCCUUUGGAAGGUUUACAAGGCUGUGUAUAUGGACCCUUCGCCUUCCUCUGGAGAAUGGCCGCUGAUGGAGUCUCCCUGGGAGGGAAAGAUGUGCAGCCAGAACAGGUGCACAGAGCAUAGCAAGUUGGACUGGUUUUGUGAUCACUUUGAUGCCUCAGUAAACUGCCUGCUGACUCUUAGAAAUCCAGAGGUCCCCUCGGAGGUUCUGCAGUGGUGGCUGGUGAGUGUUGCACCACAUUAAUGACAAACACGCAGAAAGGCUCCUCUCUGCUGUGUCCAUUGAGCAAAAUGAAACACAGAGCAUCUCCUUACUUCUUUGAGUGCUCAGAGGUUCUAGCAGUGCACUGCAUGCCUUUUUUUUUGUUUGGUGUUUGUUUUGUUUUUAACUCCCAACUUGACCAGGAGGUCCAACAUCAAGGCCAGCUGCUGUAAAUUACUUUGAGGUGGGUCCCUUCUCCAGAAAUGGUCCUGCAGUUCCCCUCUCAUACAGGAAUAGCAGCACCAAAUGCAGAGCAGGAAGAGUUGGCAAAUGUUUUACCUGCUCUGCAUUUGUUCAGGCCACUAAUCUUCACCUGUCUGUGCUGGAGAUCCAGCCCAUUGAAAUUAGGCAGGCUCCAACAUCUACAUUUCAUCAGAUCAGCACUGGGUUUUGGGUGGUGUGGGCAGUAUCCCCCCACAGGGCAUUAUGCUGAGGGGGCGCAAAAUUGGGAAGAUCCAUAACUGAGAUGAUCCAUUUGGGGGUGCCCAAUUUUGGCCCCGCACAGGGCAUCACAUUAAAAAAUAUUAAUGAAGUCCAACCAUCAGAUACCAAAGUCUCUCCUAUUACUACAGGCUUUCUUAGAUGGCGUUUCCGUGCACUCUGGUUUCCGUCAUGGUGUUCUGUUGUGACAAAAGCGGUUUAGUCAUGCAGGCCACAUGACCUGGACAGCUGUCUGUGGACAAACACCAGCUCCCUUGGCCUGAAAGUGAGAUGAGCACCACAACCCCACAGUUGCCUUUGACUGGACUUAACCGUCCAGGGGUCCUUUCCCUUUCCCCUUUACCUUAGAAGGAUAAGUUGACUCAUGGGUCAGUUUUUCUGGGAAACCAUUUUUAUUUAUUGCAGUGUUGUACACUGCUAUGAUAUUUGCUAAUAUUUAGCCGAGCAAACUGUCUCCCUGAGCAACUCUGGGAGGAAGGCACGGAUAUAAAUUCAAUAAAUAUAGUCACUAUUUAUUGCUUUAUAACUAUUUAUUAAAGCAGCCAUUACUCAUCAUUUAGCCCAUGGUCAUAAUUUCCCUAACAAAAGGACGAUCUGGCCAGCUGGUUUGACCAAUCUUAAGCAGUCCUUCCAGCUCCAUUAACUCUCUCUUGUACAUAUACCCAGGAGUCUCUCAAUAAUGAGGAAAGAGUCCUGGCUGCAGCACCAGGAAAGCCACUGGGUGGGAGAUGUACAGAGGCCAACUGCUUUACCCAACGAGAGCUCCUGUGCUUUCAUAGUUGCAUGGCAGGGAGAAGCCACCCAGCAGAAACGUCUUCCAUUUCUGAGAUAAAAAAAGCAGCAGCAACAGAACAUGAACAAUGCUUUCCUGAUUGACAGCACAGGAGCCACCUUUGCAUGAUGCAUUCUCGCUAGAGAUAUUUGCCUUUGUUCUGUAUCUCUAUUCAGAAUAGUUUUCGAACUGCUAGGUUGGCAGAAGCUGGGACCUAGCAACGGGAGCUCACCCCGUCGCAGGGAUUCGAACCACCAAUCUUCUGAUCAGCAAGCCCUAGGCUCUGUGGUUUAACCCAAAGCACCACCCGCAUCUCUGGGGGGAAAUUACUGGGGGGAAAUUACAACAACAACAACAACAACAACAACAACAACAAAAAGCAUACUUUGUUUCAUUAGAGGCUGCAAGGAUAUCAGGAUGGAAGCCAACUCCAGAAGAUAAUAAAGCACUUGUUUGACAUCCUUCACUCCCCUCCUGUUACAGCCCAGGAUUUUAGCCAGUGUGGAACAUGUGCUGUGGUGGGCAAUUCAGGGAGGCUGAAGGGCUCUAAAUAUGGAAAAAAGAUUGACUCUCACCACUUUGUGCUGAGGUAAGUGGAGUAAAGUAUAUACGCCCUACCUUGGGCUUCAUAAAAUUAGUGUGAAUAAUGCUGAAAAGUAUUUUUGUGUGGCUGCUAUAAUGUAGUAUUAUGGCUGAUGAGAAACCAUUCCUUUGUUAGGGAGAUUAUUUGUUAAUAGGUCAGAAUGAUGGGCUGAUGAGAGAUAAUUGUUGGGGAUAUGACCUCUUGAUACUUUAAAUCUCUCUCUGAUGGUUAACACUGAAGUCUCAGCCACAGAAUCAUAGUUGGAAGGGACCAUUUAUCAUUAACUAAUUAAUGCUUCUCAGUUUGUAUUUUUUUAAAAAAUAAUGAAGCCAUCACCUUCCAAUAGGGUUAAUAGGAUUAUUACCCAACAAAAUAUUGUUGAGCAGUAAUUGUAAUUCAGAAGGAUUGCUAUGGUUGCUGCUAUUCUAAUCAUCAGCAUCAUUUAGACCCUUCGAGUGCAUAAGGCAGGGGUCAGCCGGUCCACCGUCCCUCAGACCAUGUGGUGGGCUGGACUAUGUUUUGGAAAAAAAUAAUGAAUGAAUUCCUAUGCCCCACAAAUAACCCAGAGAUGCAUUUUAAAUAAAAGGACACAUUCUACUCAUGUAAAAACACGCUGAUUCCUGGACCAUCCACAGGCUGGAUUGAGAAGGUGAUUGGGCUGCAUCCGGCCCCUGGGCCUUAGGUUGCCUACCCCUGGCAUAAGGCAUUACCAUAAGCAAAGAAGAACAGUUCCUUGUGCCAGAAUGGGGAUUACAGUCUAAAUUUUGAAAUGGUGGGGAGAUGCAAAGGCAGAAGCAGCUAGAGAAGUUGGGAUGUGUGUGACAAAAGUUGCAUAUGCGAAUAGUUGCUGGGAAUAACAAUCCCAACUCCAGAUUUGAAAAUAAAAUCUGGUAACCUACAGUCCUGAAGAAUGGCAUCUGAUUGAUGUCCCUAGGCCUCAGCCCAUCAAGUGUCAGAUUCAGACUUUGACCGUCCCCAUGUUUCUGGACUGGAUAUUUUGUGAAGCAUCUGAUCAUGUUUCUUAUGUCCUUUGAGGAUGAACACAGCACAAACUGCAGGCUUUGAGGAAGAUGUUGGUACAAGAACCACGCACCAUUUCAUGUACCCAGAGAGUGCUGUGAACCUGCAUGCUGGUGUCCAUCUUGUGCUCGUCCCCUUCAAACCUCUGGAUCUCAAAUGGCUAGCUAGUGCUUUUUCCUCAGGAGAAAUUAAGCGGUGAGCACUUUGUCUAAUUGGAGUACAAAAAGCUAGGCAAGUACUACAGCAGGAACAAAACCUUAAGCAUUCAUUUAUGGGGCAGGUUCCUUUGGGCACAACUUCUGCACUGUGAGAGGAUAUUCUGUACAGGUCUGCUUGAACCCCUUAAAAAGACAGCAUGGAGCUGGAAAAGGUGCAGAAAAGAGAAAUCAGAAUAUCAAGGGGCUGGAGCAUGUCCUAUGUGAGUAAAUGUUACAAUGUUUGUGGGGUUGGUGUUUUUUAGUUUAGAAGGGAUUUAUAAGGGAGACAUCAUAGAUAAAAUAUAGAUGAAGUAGAGAGAGAGAGCUUUAUUUCUUCCUCUCCCAUGGUAUUAGAAUCUGGGGUCACCAAUGAAGCGAAAUGGUGGGAGUUUCAGGACAGACAAAAUGAAGUACUUCUCCAAACAGUGCAUGAUGAGGAUUUCAUUCCUCACGAUAAACAUCCCUUGCUAAGAGCAGAGUUGGUUUCUUUGCGCCUUUACAUUCAGUCAGUAGGGAAAUCUUGAAAUGACCCUUAAAAGCUUCAUUGAGACUCCAAAUUUGUCCACUAUGGGCUUAGGUCAGUGCUGCAAAUGUAUGGAAAUAUGCUUGUAAUAACAGGAGCGCACCCGGUCAUUCAUUAUUCAGGGAGUUGCGUGACUCUCCAGGAAUGGGUUUUAUGUAUACUGAACACUGGAGGGGAAAAAAUAGAAAGUUUGAUGGUAAAAGUAAUAAAAUUAUGAAUGCUAUUCUUCCAUUUCUUUUAUAGUACAUACCAAAGAGUCAAGCCCUUCAUUGAAGCUGACAAAAGUAAGGUAAGCUGUGAAUGCAGGCAAUACAUUGAUUCAGAUCUGACAUUGCUUCUUUAUUCUGUGAAUUUAAGGACUGAUAUGUGCAACUGCAGUGUUUUGGUUGUUUUUACAAAAAUUGUCAGUGUGGACCCCCCAGUCUUAUUCCAGGACCCUAGAAUGGAGGUAGAGGAGCUUUAAUCUCCUCCUGCCCCAACUAUGCUCCCAAUCCAUAUCCUCCCCUGCAAUUUUAUGGGGGGUGGAAGGGAUAGCAUUGAAGGAAAUGGAAGAUUUCACUGCAGUGCAAAUUGAACGGAGGCCUUUUCAUCCUCAAGUGAGGAUGGGUAGUGGGUAUAAAGCCAUCCAACCCCUAUGCUAGAAUCCUGAUCCAGACUGGGGGCCCCACACUGGCAAUUUCUGUAAACAAAAGAAGACAAAAAAAACCACAUUGGCACUUAAAAGCACAACUACAGAGCUUACAUAAAAUGUAAUUUUAAUGGGCCAGCUUUUAGGGGCGAGGAAAAGGUUAUGGAGUAGAACAACGGAAGUCUUGAGGUUUCUGUCAGAAAAUGAACAGCUUCAUUAAUUUCAACAAUCCAAGAGUAAAAUUCUGUUUUACCUUCUGAAAUAAAUUGUUAGGCCAGAGGUUUUCAACCUUUUUGGGUCCAUGGCUCCCUUGACCAACUGCAUUCUUUCUGCGGCACCCCAUGGGGCUCAGAGGCCCAGUUAUGUCACCCCUUGCCUACAUAGCUGGCAGCUCCUCACCCUUUUUUGAACACCCUCCCUUGUGGAGUGUUCUCUCAGCUUCCUCUCUUCUCCUUGGGAGUCCUCUGAGCAGCUGCAGCUUCCCCCCCCCCCCCGGUCUCUGAGCUGCACCCCACAGAGACCGGUGCCUCCUCCCACUGCCCCACAGGGGCCUGGGAAGUACCCCCUGGCCAGCCCCAGAGGCACCAUUUGCCUGAGGAACUCAUAGCCAGGGUUGCUGCAACAAACAGCUGUGCAAGCCUUUGGGAGGCAGAGACGAGAGAAGGCAUCAGACGAAGGAGGGAAGGAAAGAGGGGCAGAGGGCAGUGUUGCCCACGACACCACUGACCAUCAUUCAAGGCACCCCAGGCUGCCACGGCACACUGCUUGAAAACCACUGCAUUAGGCCUUUGAGUCUAAUGAAACACUGUACUGGAAAACUUGUAUUUGUAUUAUUAUUUACAUCCUUUCCUCCCUCCAAGGAGCUCCAGGUGGCAUACAUGGUUCCCCUGCUCCUCACAUUGUCAUCACAUGACCUCUGUGAGGUGGGUUAGGCUGAGAGAUGGUGUGACUGAUCUCUGACAGAGAUUCUCGACACUGUGAGGAUUUGAACCCUGUUCUCCCAGGUCCUAGUUCAACACUCCUAAGCCCUAUAGCACAAGUUCAGAAAUGAAAAACUAAUACAAAUUGGGCUUAGGUUAUUCUUGACUGGAGCGAAUAAUGUUUAAAAAGGCAAGGGCCCUUUGUGAUUGCUUUUACUUAAGUUUUAAGGAAAUAUUUAUUGUAAUACAAAAUAUUUCGUACUUUUAUAUGAACUGAUGUUUCAUGUGUUUAUGUGAACUUCUUGGGAGAUUUAAUUUUAUCAAGCAGCAUGAAUUUGCUUUAAGUAAAGACCAACACCUUUGCUUUUAAUAUGUUGAACAUAAGAGUCACAAACCAUCUCAUUCUCAUUAGCUAUGCUUAUGGCAGGUGGGGCAAUUUGAGGAAGAAGAGGCUAUGACAACAGGCGAGAGCUUCUCAGUCCAAAUGUUUUUCUUCUCCUCAGGUCUUAAUACUGAACCCUGCCUUCCUAAAAUAUAUUCACGAUAAAUGGAUGAAGCGCUUUGGAAGGUAUCCAUCCACUGGAUUCGCUGCACUGCUUUUUGCUAUCCAUACUUGCAAACAGGUAUGUACAGUGAUCUCCAGAUGUCUACAGAUACAGGCUGCUGUUGCUAUUGGGGUGUAGUGCAUUUGGUUGUGAGGCAACUUGCCUCUUUGGGCCAUGUUUAAAAAAGCAACUUUUCUCACAACUGAUUUGGUAACAGAAUGGUAGUUCAAAAAGUACAUGGGCAGAGUCCUUCAGAAAACAAGAUAGUCCUCUCCCAUGUUUUGAAACACUAAAGCUGACUGAAGAGAUUGCAUGUGGCUGGUAUUGAAACUGUGCUGAAUGUCUUAUGUCUUGAUCACUAAGUUGCAAUAUAAUAAGAAUUUUUUUUUAAAAAAAAACACCCUAAAAAUUACUCAAAUUAUACAGAAACAAGCAGGCCCUGAUAAUAAGCUGAAUAUGCUACAAGCUGGCAGUGUGACUUUCCAUUUUUGUUUCAUUGUCUUUGCAUAAAAAUCCAUCUCUUAAAGAAUGAACUAACUAAACCUACCAAAAUUCCACAAAGCCCCAAAUUAAAUUAGGAGUGACACUGGAGGAAGGGUAUCUAUUAAGCAGCUAUUACAGUAAAUUCUGCUUGUUAAUGUAGUAGGGUAUGUUUCACAUUUAAAAAUCUUUGCCGAAAUUAACCUCGUCACUGCUAUCUUUCUAUAAUGGAGUCUGCUUCCGUAAAAUGUGGCCACUCCUUGCAGGGUUAGAUUAUCGAUUAUUAAAUUUACGACAGCUUUAUUGAGAGAUAACAAAACAAGUAGGAGAAGUUAAUAUGUUAUGAACCAAAAGAGGGAGUUGAGGAAAGUCAUGGGGAGCAGGGUGGGGGAACUGUAUUUAUCUUUUUUUAUUGCAACAAUGUUAUUGUGAUGAACAAUUUUUUUAAAACGUAUUUUUUUUUUGUUUUAAAUAAUUUUUAUUAUCGAUGGCUGCAUGUAGCUGACCACCACUCACUGGGAAAGGUCUGUUGCCCUUGUGCCCUGCCUGCAGACUUCUGAGAAACAGAAUGCUAGAUUAGGUAGCAGCUUUUGGGCUACAUAGGCCUCAUAGUCUCAUUUCCUUCCCCAUAAUGUUUUGUGUGGCAGGUCUCUGCAUUUGGUUUCGGCGCAGACAGCAGAGGGAACUGGCACCACUACUGGGAAAAGAAUCGGUACGCUGGAGCUUUCCGCAGGACUGGAGUCCACAAUGCCACUUUUGAACUGGCACUCAUUGAGAGACUAGCAGUUGAAGGCAGAAUAUCAUUUUAUAAAUAGCUUGCUCCAGUGCCCCACAGACUUCAAAGUCACUAGUCCAAGAAAGAGGAACCUAGGACCAAUGAUGGUCUUUUGAGCCACAAGAGAAACAAGGUGGAUGGAUCAGAGAUCGAAGCACAGUUCAGCAGCCCAGCGCUACUGCACCCGGCGCAGGUAUGUAUGUAUAUACACAAACAUACACAUGUAACACCACUUCUGAACAGAAUACUUUCUUAGCAAGAAAAACUUGAAAUGUUUUUUCUUUAAAUUUGGAAAACAGAGGCUAUCCCCGAUAGCUGACUUUGUGCUUCUCUUUCAUUGCAUUUUAUGGACAAUGUAGGAUGCUCUAUCCUUGGACAGAGAUUUCAAAAAGCUGAUAUUGACAGUACCUCCCAGGCCUACAUUUGUGCUAAAGCCACUGUUAUUUAAGUGGUUAAGAAAUGCUAAGUAUAAGGUAUCAGAGGAGCAGGGAAGCAAGCACAGACUACUGAGCAAUAUUCUUGGCUGUAAUGCUAUUUGAUACAGAGUGUUGAAAUGUAAGUAAAAAGAAAGCAAAUAUUACACGACUUUAUUAAAACUUUUUCCUGAGAAUUUGGUCCAAACAAACAUCCUAAGGGUAGCACUGUGUACAAAUUAAAUAGAAAAUAUUUGUUUUACACAUGUAAAAGGUCUUGUGUUCCAUAUUCUUCAUUUCAUGAUCUAGAAGUUGACAGAUAGGCCAACAUAUAAGACAAGUACUGAAAUCUAGGGUAUACAGCACUGCCACAAAAGAUGGAUGUUUAAAUUAAUCCCCCAUUUUACUUGUGAAGAGAGACGGAUGAUAGUUCCAGUCUUGGUACAAGUCCAGGGAUCUUCUUGGCACCCUCAAAAUGACCACUGACCAUUUGUUUUUAAUUCCUUCAAGUUCUUCAGAGGGGAUUGCACCUGAUAAUCUAUGUUGUUUUUCCAAGUUCUAUUUUCUUUUGAAUGACCCGAGCUGAAUGAUAGAUCAAAGAAUCAAUGAGUCCUGCCACUGGAAGAAGGAGGAAAAGGAAGGUCAGGUUAUAUAUGUUCCAUAAAUUAAAAAAGAAACCCCCCUCUUUCUUCCAAAAAGUUGCUUUUAGGUGUUCGGGGGGUGGGAUUCCUAAAUUUGUCAAAGCAGUGAGGAAAUAGCUCACUGCCCAAAGAGCCAUAUCACACAACCAAAAUACGCUGCUCACUAAAUACUAGUAGGAGACACUUUUUGAUAAGCACCACUCAGUUGCAUUUUGGCUCAUUUUAUAUGUAUAGAAAACAGAUGUACUAUAAUAUUUCAACAAUCAUUGUACUACUAGUGACGAUUCUGCCAUCUUUGUAAAAACAAGUUUUGAAAAUGCCUAGGAUGUAUUGAUCAAAACAUUUGCAAGCUAAGCCAAGAUGGAUGAGGAGAACAAUUAAAAUAUUCAAAUACCUGUAAAUACCCCUCCAAUGAUGGCACAGACUCCUGUGAGAAAAUGUGUAAAGGACCUAUAUGGGGUGAGGGGGGGAAAAAACGUGAUUACCAUGUAAUGUGUACAUUAUGAAUGAACAAGUUAAAACUUGGGGGGGGGGGGAUGAAACCCAUGGAUUACUGUAUUUAAUCUAAUGCUCACCUUUUUUGGCCAAAUCACGUUGCAAAAAUUAAGGUGCACAAUGGAUUCAGUGGUGCAUUAGACUCGAGUAAAUACAGUAAUUCAAUCCCACUUGACCAUGUCCAAUGAACACUUAGGUUCAGAAGGCAGUCAAAAUGUUAACUGCCUCAAAUGGAAGCUUUUUGCAACUACCUCUACAACCUAUUUGUAUGCAUCACGUGAUGAAUAAAUGAAACGUAAUUUUAU